AUGGGUUCCAUCGCCCCCCAAGACACCGUCGCCGUGAACGCGCCCUUCCGGACACGCGUCGUCAACGGCCAGAUCUGCCCCGUCAUGUCCAUCAAGUUCUGGACCGGAAACGAAGUCGCGAUUAUGGCGCGCAUGGCCGGAUUCGAAGCUGUCUUUAUCGACAUGGAGCACUCGGCCCUCAACUUCCAGACCAUCGCCCAGCUCAUCCUCGCGUGUCUCUCCGCGGGCGUGUCGCCGAUUGUCCGCUCGCCGUCCAAGUCGCACUGGCAUAUUAGCCGCAUUCUCGACGCUGGCGCUGCGGCGGUUGUGGUGCCUCAUGUUGACUCUGUCGAGGAGGUGAAGGAGCUUGUGAAGCAUGCGAAAUAUCCUCCCCUGGGGACGCGCGGGUCUGCGAAUAACCAGCCCAUCCUGAACUUCCAGAAUCUGCCGACGAAGGUGCAGAAUGAGGUCUUGAACCGCGAGACGAUGCUGAUUCCUAUGGUUGAGACGCCUGUUGCGGUCGAACUGGCUGAGCAGUAUCUGGCUGUCGAUGGCGUGGAUGGUAUCCUGAUCGGGUCGAAUGAUCUGUGCACCGAUCUGGGGAUUCCAGGGCAGUACGACAGCCCGCUGUAUCAAAAUUCCGUGGAGAAGAUUGUGCUCGCUGGGAAGAAGGCUGGGAAGCCGAUUGGUAUUGGAGGUAUUGGAGGCAGGCUGGAUCUGCUGGAGAGGUGGUUCGCGCUGGGGGCAACAUGGUCGCUCAGUGGUGCAGAUGGCGCGAUUCUACAGGCUGGGAUGAAGAAGAUUACGCAAAAUUACUCGGAAAUCAGUCAACGGGUUGAGAAGGCGAGGGCUCAGGGAUAG